AUGUCUGUUUUCGCUGUAUCAACCUCUCACGAUGUCAUGAUUCUGAAGCAGACAGAAAAAAAAUUUGAAAGCAUUCCUACUGGUUUAGGAAGUGUGUAUGGAUCCUUUGGAGACUCGGGGUCCGCCAUUCUUGAUAAAAGGGGUCAUUUAUUAGGUAUAACAGUAACUAAUAGCAUAAUCUGCUCUGGCCUCGAGAACAUGCAUAGUGAUGAAGUUGCCGAGCAUCCGAUAACGCUCAUCAUAAGCUGUGAUACAUUUUUAGGCAUAGGGAAUAUCGGUGGACCAGGAGUAGGUUGA